AAUCAUCCCACUGUUGUAGUAGCAGUUGUUCCGUCACAAAUUAAAGGUCGGAGCAUUGUGAUUCAUCAUUCUGACUUGUGCACUCUUCGACCACAUCAAUGGUUGACAGGGGAGAUCAUUGAAAGCCUUCUGCAUGUGGCUGCCCAUGCAUUGGGAGUCAUGGACACCUUCUACAUCCUGAAUCACUACUCAGCUGGUGUGAUUUUGUUCGGGGACAGAACUGAGCUUCCUAGACAAAGUUUACCAAAGGUAAACUUUGACAACUAUGAAGCAGUUCUGUCAUUUGUCCUUGUGAACAACAAUCACUGGAAGUUGCUGUACAUCAAUGCAGAAGCCAGAACUGUAUUCCUAAUAGAUCCUGCACAAGUAUCAUCUGAGCUUGUGGACUCCCAAAAGGCAGCUAAAAGAAUACAAGAAUACUUCAAAAUGAGAAGGACAUGCCAUGGAAAAACAGACUGGGUUGGGAUCCAAUGGAAAGGGGGGACAAUGCGCCACCCUAUUCAACAAGACGGAAGCAGCUGUGGAGUUAUUGUAGUCAAAAUGGCAAAAGCACUGAUGGAAGCCUUCCCUCUGAUGCCAGAUGUAGAUUUUGACACAACAAAAAAGGCAAUGAAAAGUGAAAGAAGAACUCUCGCUCUUCAAAUCCUUGAUGCAUCAGUAUUUGAUGACCACUGUUGGUGUGCGAUGUGCGCUGCAUACAAAGCCCCGGGGUCUGGCCCUGGAAUGACAGACUGGAUCCAGUGUGACAACUGUGACCGAUGGUACCAUGCCCUGUGCAUAAAUAUGAAGAGCACAGAAUUUCAAAAGAAAAAAACAGGCAGUUGGAAAUGUGUAUUGUGUAGUUAAUCUGAAAACUAGAAACUGUGUUCAUUAUUGUUCGAAAUACGUUUUGAAAAUAUCUGUGGAAAAUGAAAAUGUAAUAUGUUUGUGUGGCAUUGAUGCUAUGUGUGAUGUAUAAAGUGUACUGGAAUCAUUUCAAAUUGAUAAGUAAUUUUAUGACGUUAUCUGAAAGCUAUUGAGCAACAAUCUUAAACUUUAAGGAAAAGAUUCCUAAAAAUUAUAAAAUUAAAACAUAAA